AUGGACAGUGAGGAGAUGGAGGCACAAGAGCCGAGCUUGGCGAGUCCGACGCUUGAGGAGGACUAUGAGCAGACAGCGAAUGAUCAGUCGGCCGAGGAUGCAGCAUCUCCCACUGGACCAGACACCACAGGCAAGGAUGAGGCAACCGUGUUGGCCGAACUGGCGGCAGGCACGCGUGAGCAGGACGACCUGGAACGCGACAUCGGCAGACAGGCCGACAAGCUCUUGAACGAGCAGGCUGACGAGCGAGACAAGAAGCGGGUGGAGAAGACGCAGAAGAGUCGGGAGCUCCUGCUCGGUCAAGUCCGCAGUCUGAAGACGAAGUUGAAAGGCUUCGGCAACUCGGUCACCAAGGAGAAGUGGCGGGAAGAGGUGCGAGGUCAUCAUGAACGAAUCGUGGACCUGGAUAGAGACCUGGAGCAAAUACAGGCUCGUAUGGAUGAAAGGCACGCUGAGGAGGCGGUGCAGAAUGGCGAUACGCGUCUUGAGGAGUCCGGCAAUAAGCGUCUACCUGGUGAGAGUCAACGCGAGUUCUUGAUCAGGACUGGCAAGAUCACCCCAUUCUCGAAGAUGGGCAGACAGCUCCUGCGGACUUCGUCGAGUCUGGGAGAUGUGCUGCUGGAUGCGGAAGAGGAGGGCGAGGAAGAUGAGCAAGCAGAGCCCGAAGCUGCCCAAGAAGAGACUACGGAGCGAUCGCAUCGGAACCUGCUCGGCCCUGGCUUUGAUCAGCAUGACUCGACUGCUGCCACGACACCAGCGGGUGAUGUCGAAGGCGACGAGGAGAUGGCUAGACGAUUGCAGGACGAAGAGUUUGCGUCUAAGAGACCUGCCAAACGGCGGAGACUGCAGUCAAGGAGGAAAGCAAGAGCAGAGUCUGAACAGCCCGAGACACCCGCAGACGACACUGACGCAUAUGUUCCUGGCGUGAAUGAGGAUGGCCUGGCUGCUAUAGGCGAGUCUGGAGACGAUGAUGAGCCAGAGGACGAAGAAGCAGAAGGUGACUUCCCUCUGGCCACGACUCCCGGUAUCAAGCGGAAGAAGGGUAAGGAGAGGAGACGUACGGCAGAAGAUGCAGCUGCAGAAGCCGAGGAUUUGGCUGGCAUCGAUGAUGGCAACGAGCAGGUCUAUCAAGAUCGUUUGGAGAGCUGGGUGAGACGACGACGAGCAGCAAGGCGGAAGUUUCAGACGCAGAAAAAUGGCGAAGACAAAGGUGUUGCGAACGACGAGUCAGUUAAGCCCGAAGAGCCAGAGACUAUAGAUCUAGAUGACAUACCGCCAGAGAAGGAAGAGUGGCAUAUGCCACAUCCUACACGUACUGACGCUGAAUUCGAAGGCGGCUUCCGCAUACCAGGCGACAUCUACCCUUCGCUUUUUGACUACCAGAAAACGGGCGUGCAAUGGCUGUGGGAAUUGUUCACGCAGCAAGUGGGAGGCAUCAUCGGCGAUGAGAUGGGUUUGGGCAAAACCAUCCAAAUCAUUUCAUUUCUAGCAGGUCUGCACUACUCGGAGAAAUUGACGAAGCCAAUCAUUGUCGUUUGUCCAGCGACAGUGAUGAAGCAGUGGGUGAACGAGUUUCAUCGUUGGUGGCCACCACUUCGCGUCUCCAUCCUGCAUACUUCCGGCAGCGGCAUGCUUGAUAUCCAGCGAGAGGCACGAAUCGAGGACGAUCUGGAGCUGGACAACUACACGGGCAGAUCAACCCAGACCAAAGGCCAUAAAGCCGCGAAACGCAUCGUAGACAAGGUCGUGCGAGACGGCCACGUCUUAGUGACGACCUACUCCGGACUCCAGACCUACGCUGAGCUCCUCAUACCCACCGAUUGGGAAUACGCCGUCCUGGACGAAGGCCACAAGAUCCGCAACCCCAAUACUGCGAUCACGAUCUUUUGCAAAGAACUACGCACUCACAACCGAGUGAUUUUGUCCGGCACACCAAUGCAGAACAAUCUCACAGAACUGUGGUCGCUAUUCGAUUUCGUGUUUCCAAUGCGCUUGGGCACUCUGGUGAACUUCCGCAGCCAGUUCGAGAUUCCCAUCAAGCAAGGUGGAUAUGCUAAUGCUUCAAACCUGCAAGUCGAGACGGCUAUGAAGUGCGCUGAGACGCUGAAGGAUACCAUAUCGCCUUACCUCCUGCAGCGUUUCAAAGUAGAUGUAGCAGCUGAUUUGCCGAAGAAGAGUGAACGUGUUCUCUUCUGCAAACUUACGAAGUUGCAGCGUGAUGCUUACGAAUGGUUUCUGAACAGCGAGGAUAUGAAGAGUAUCCUUGGAGGUAAAAGACAAGCGCUUUACGGCGUGGAUAUCUUGAGGAAACUAUGCAAUCACCCUGAUCUCGUGGAGCACAAAACCCUGAGCAAGAAACCCGGCUAUGCCUACGGCACAGGCAGUAAAAGCGGGAAGAUGCAAGUCGUGAAAGCCCUGCUCGAGAUCUGGAAACGCAAUGGCCACAAGACACUUCUCUUUGCUCAGCACAGGAUCAUGCUCGACAUCCUCGAGAAAUUCAUUCAAGGUAUGCCGGGAUUCAAUUACAGGCGGAUGGACGGGAACACGAGUAUCAAAGACCGGCAGGAUCUGGUGGACGAAUUUAAUAAAGACGUGGAUCUCCACGUCUUCCUCCUAACGACCAAAGUCGGCGGUCUAGGCAUCAAUCUCACAGGCGCUGAUCGAGUCAUCAUCUACGACCCUGACUGGAACCCCAGCACUGACGUCCAAGCGCGCGAACGUGCAUGGCGACUCGGACAGAAGCGAGAAGUGGAGAUCUAUCGGCUCAUGACCGCCGGCACGAUCGAAGAGAAGAUCUACCAUCGACAGAUCUUCAAACAAUUCCUCACGAACAAGAUUCUGAAGGAUCCGAAGCAGAGGCAGACGUUUCAGUUGGGGGAUUUGCAUGAUCUUUUCACGCUUGGGGAGAGUAAGGAUGGGCAAACGGAGACGGGGUCGAUCUUUCAGGGGACGGAGGUGCAGCUUUCUGGUUCGCGAGGACGGAAGACUGAUGGUAAGGACGAGGGUACUAAAGGAUUGCCUACACCACCUGAUGAAACUGGACAAGCCGUCAGUUCUACUACAACGGCCGUAGACGAUAUAACCGGUAUCUCUCGAGCCGAAGCCUGGCGCGGCGAACCAGACGAGGAGAAGAAGACCAGCGAUCAACCCGACGCAGCAAAAGAGGACCGUAUGCUCUCUUCCAUAUUCGCUCGCACGGGUGUCCAGAGCGCACUGGAACACGACGCCAUCAUCAACGGGAAGAAAACCGUUCAUGCAGAUCCGGAGCUUGUAGCUAGAGAGGCGAGAAAAGUGGCGGCGCAGGCUGCGCGGGAGUUGCAGAGGGCGGGGGAGAUUGCGAGGACGGUGCCGGCUGGAGUACCGACUUGGACUGGGACGGUGGGGACGGCUGGGCGGCCUGAUAGGGAAGACAGUGUGAGGGGUUCUUCGGGUCCAGCGAUGAGAGGAAGACGAGGUGGUGGAAGAGGUGGUGGAAGAGGUGGUGCACGCGGCGGUCCAUCAUCUGCUUCUAUCCUCUCGAAUCUCGCUGCUCGGCAACUCCCAGCCGCUACCCUAGCGGCCACAACAACGCCCUCCAGCAAUUCCCGCGCGUCAACACCCAACCUCUCCCCAACCACAACGACCCGCCACCCACCUGCCAACCGCCGCCAAGCAAACGAAGACCAACAACCAAAGGGCAAAGAUUUCCUCGCCCUGAUCCGCGAAUUCCUGCUCGCGCAUAAUGGCCAGGCGUACACGCAGAUGCUGAUUGAUCAUUUCAAUCGGUAUUGUGGGACGCCGCAGCGGACGGCGGAGUUCAAGGAGAUGCUUAAGGUUAUUGCUACGCUUGAGAAAGGAGGGGGUGGUGGAGGUGGACGAGGUGGGGGCGGGAGGGGAAGGUGGGUGCUUAGGGAGGAGUAUAGACCUCGUGCCACCGGCUAG